GUCUAUUAUUAAAUGUAGCACAUGGAAACUUGGCAAGAAAAUUAGCAGUUGAGAUUGGAGGUUCCAAGCGUCUAACAGCUCUUUCAACCAUCAUAUCCUGUGCUCUUACAUUCCCUCUUGCAGUCAUCACCUAUUAUAGUCAGGAAGCAUCCAUAAACUGGCUAAGUACCCUUUUACCAAUGUCUGCUGUCAUCYUAUCUGUAUUCAUAAUGGAUUUCUAUGUGGAGUCUUUCUGUGUGUCAAAGUUAGAAAAUGCCAUGACGGCAAARCUAGGGUCCACAGCAUCAUUUAUUGCUGCCCUGUUCUUUGCAUUGCUGUGGGAUCAGCCCUGGGCGUGGUCUGUCCACCAAUGGCACCAUGGGAAUUCAGGCGAUAAUCAUUUACUUUCAGGAGGGACAGUAUUCAGCGCUUUGUUCUUUAUUCUAGCCACUAGAUUACUAUGCCGUCCAUCACCGCGCCCAGCAAAAGGCAACUUGAUUGGCUAUACAACAGGCGGAUUACCAAUYUAUAACUUCCAUACACCACAAUCCAUAUUGUCUACAAUGAGAUCAUUUCUGAGACAAACACUUGAAGAGUCUGAAUCAAGGCAGAUAUUCUACUUCUUAUGUUUGAAUUUAUUUUUCACUGGUGUAGAGCUUGCGUACGGCGUAUGGACAAACAGUCUUGGUUUGAUAUCUGAUGGAUUCCAUAUGUUGUUUGACUGCACAGCUCUAGUGCUUGGGCUCUGUGCUGCCCUCAUGUCAAGAUGGAAACGGACAAGAACAUUCUCAUAUGG